GGUGUGAAGUUAUAGUGAAUAGUGAUUGGUAGUAUAGUGAUCUUAUAAGAGAUUUUUGACUUAAUAUUCUGAACUUUUUGAUAUUAUAGCUAUCAAACAGACGGAAACGUUUAACGGAUUACUUCAUAUACUAUGUAGUAGAUAAAUAGAAACAAAAAAAAAACAUGGAGUCGCCAAAAAUCGUGUACAAAUAUUAUUCAAACCCAGCGUUUUGCGCACAAAGUGAGGUGGUUUUCCAAAAAGCAUGUGUUACCAAGAUAGUCUCACCGAAUCGAAGAAUGUCGCCUUUAGGGGCAAAUUCUCCACGAAAAAUGGAAUCCAACCGAAUACUAAGGACCGAUAUCUCUGAUAAUCCUCUGAGAAUGUUCCAAGGGAGAAGGGAAGAACAGGGGCCUCCGGAAUUGCCGCCAAAACCACCGAAAUAUCAAUUCCAUAGACAAGCAUCCUUGGUUUGUAAGCCGUCUCGCUCUGUCGUACGGUGCAGGACAAGGAGCGAGGAUUUAGAAAUGGCACAGUUUAGACAGAAACAGCAAGUCAAGUAUGAAAGAAAUGCCGAAAGCGAUGAUUGUUUAGAAAAUAAUAGAUCGAAAAACAGAUACAUUAAGUACAAUAGAAGCAUAGACAAUGAUGAUUUAGAAGAGAACAGAUUGAGGCAUAGAUACGAAAUUGAUGACGAUGGUAUAGACUAUUCUCCCACUAAGAAGAGGAUAAUAGAAGCAGAUGAGAGUGAGAUAGAAGAGUAUAAUGUAGAUGGACCAGACGAAAAUGAGAUGAAAGAAAUACCGACUGAAAUUGUUAAGACUGUUAAUGGGAAAACUCAUAGAUACGCAAUAGUCCCAUCAGACGAUGAAGACACUAGGAGGAAUGUUACCUUCACAUCACCACAGAUGUCCCAGAAGAAUCUAAUAGCCACCCAGAAACUCCACGAACUACUGUCCACGCCAAGGAAACUGAAGAGCUACGCAAGCCAGCCAUCUGUGAGGAUCACUCCAAAUAAGCUGGACAGUCCAAGAUACCCUGGAACUCCUAUGAAGAUUAUAUCCAGUACACCAACUCAGAUCACACCUUCAAAAUCAUGCGCAAACCUAACAUUAACUAGAAAUAGCAAUACAUCACCCAUUUCCCCAAAAGCCCAGCAGAAGUUGAACUACGGUGUAUCAGAUUACGAUAGGCAGGACGUUUUCGUCACCAGCUCCAGGGAUAAGAGGGAAAGGAGUUUCGAAAUGGAUAGGAGGGAGAGCAGCAGAGAAAGUAGGAGUGAUAGGAGAGUGGAGCCGAGAAGAGAUAAGAACACGGCUGUCAUCAUGCCCAGAGUAGCAGCGCAGUCACCAUCAGUAUACUCAGAAGACACGAUAUACAAAUCGAUCUCCAGCCUAAAGCCCAAUGCCACAGCUGCAUCGCUGACUAUCGCUGCACUGAUGUUGACGCUCUGUGGUGGCCUGACCACUGGCCUGAGCUUUUACAUGAUGUAUACUAUGGGACGUCGAUAUUACCUGGACUUCGGCGUGCUGUCUGGGUUUACAUGCUUCCUGCUAGGUCUCCUGGGUUUCAGAUCCAGACGGAACCAGCUGCUUCCAAAUAGAAAUUACAUAUCUGGAUACAUCGUCCUCUCAUCAUUCUCCCUCCUAAGCGCAUUCGGUCUACUCAUCCUCCUGGUAGUCCAACCCAAACCCGGUACAGCACUAAAUGACAUAACUUCAGGAGCGGUUUGCAGCAUCAGCAUACUGUCGCUGUGUCUCGCCUCAGUGGGCGUACUGGCCUCUUAUUGCUGCGCUAGAGAUCCACCCGACAACAGGGUGGGCACCGCUAGAUGGGCCAAGAUGGCUGAUUACCAAAUCAGGGAGGCGGCAGAGUCACUGCUGAGCAGUGUGACCAUACCUGCUUCAUAUAGGAAUAUGUCACACUCUCAGUCAGUUAACCUGGUCACGGAGGAUUUUGUAGCCGGCCACCGACCACAAGGCAGAAUGUCAUCUGUCCGUCGGUUCUUCUGUCUGUUUGUCACAUUCGACUUACUGUUCACCAGCUUAAUGUGGCUUAUUUGUGUUAUGAUGAAAGGCGAGACGUUAAUACAAAUUUUUGACAGAGAAAUACUGCAUUAUAGUAUAAAAGUGUCAUUAUUCGACAUAGUCAUAGUUGCUAUACUGAGGUUCCUCAUGCUAAUAUUAUUUUAUGCUAUACUCUAUAUAAAUAAUUGGAGUGUUAUUGCUCUCUCAACAGGUGGGACGUGUGCCUUUUUAAUAGGAAAAGUCUUUGUUUAUGAUUGGCCGGAUGCCUCGCAGCCAGUGUACCAAGUAUUCCUAAUACUAACAUCAUUCACACUAGCAUGGGGGGAAGCAUGGUUUUUGGACUUCAGGGUGUUACCGCAGGAGUUCCAGGCCAAAGAGUUUAUGGGCCAGGCUGGUCCCUCAGAACGGGCCCCCUUGCUGAGGGCCUCGAGGCCCCCUCGCGCGUCCACGCACGGCGAGUCCACGGUAAACUGGUUCAGUCCCGUGGAAACCCCUGAGGCCAGUCCCCGGCUUCGGAGGCCUGGGGAACAAAUCAUACUGACGCAAGACCAGAUAGACGAAUACAAAGCGCUGGCAGAGGAAAGUAUGCACAACGCGUUCAAGACGAUCCAUUUGCCCAACUGGCGACUGGAGAAGAGAGGGGUGCAGAAGGGCGACGUGGUCGAGUCCACGCAGUCUGAGCAGUUUGGCAAGGUCUACAGAUUCACGGGCGUGGUGGACUGCCCAGCCACGUUUAUGUAUGAAGAGUUCAAGAACAAUCUCACCAAGUUGCCAGAAUGGAACCCCACCAUACUCAAGAGUGAAUUGAUUAAGGAAAUAGGCCCAGGCAUCGACCUAUCUUACCAAAUAACCGCAGGGGGUGGACGCGGCAUCAUAGCACCCCGCGACUUCAUCAUCCUUAGGCGAUCCGCCGCCCUUAACAAGGAGGGGCAAAUAGACGAGACUAACCCCUACUGCUACAUCACGAGUGGGGUCAGUGUGCAAGUGCCCGGAUACCCCCCUGCCAAGGACUUUGUAAGGGGUCAUAACAAAGUGGGUUGCUGGUGCCUAACCCCUAAAGCGGUGGAGACUGCGGAGGGCAAAAUAGAGCAAAAAGCGAUCUUCCAGUGGCUCAUGUGCUGUGACCUUAAGGGUAAAAUCCCUCAAUUCGUUCUAGACGCGGCUUUCGCGACGGUGAUGCUCGACUACAUUGUGCACGUGAGAAAAUUCGCCGCCGACAGCAAAGCCAAGGGGUUAUUCUAGUUUAGGUUCUAUUAAGGCCGAUUCACACCAAUUGCGUACACGUGACACGUGCCUAGUGACAUGCGUAAACGUCUAACACAUCGGGUUACGCAUACGUCAACGCUUUACCCAAGCGGUGGGCCAUGUUUCAUACAGUUCCAUACAUUACAACGCAAUGGUACGCGCUACGUCUACGCUUACGCAGCCUGUGUGAACGAGCUAAACCCUCGUCUGAUUGCUUGUAUAUCAUCUGUUAACCAAAUGAAAAGUAUAAGUUGGUUGAUAACUUUAAUUCACAGAUGUUAUUGACAAAGUUCAUUCAAUUGGUUCGACUAUCAUUAAACGAGAAAUAGUUCUAAAACAGCAAUUAUUCUAAAGAGACGUGGUCUGGUUUUAGUGUCAUUAUAAUGUCAAAGGUACUACAGUGAUAUUGUAAGGCAAUGAUAUUUUGACAAUUUCACUGGUCGUUAGAUUAUGAGCCCGCCUCUGAUUGGUCCGUUUCCGUUGUUAAAAACGAUAGUUAAAAAGAGUUGACCAAUCAGAACGCUUGACGUCUCCCACUGCCAACUUCAGUCUUAAUAUACCUAGAUUUUUUAUAAUGUCACUAUAAUGACCCCGUGACAUUACAAUGUCACUAAAACCAGGCCGAUAAAUGGUAAGAAAUGAAGCCAAUUGACAAUUUACCGUUUAAUUAUAAUAUCAUUAGUGAGAUUGUACGGCUUUGACAAUAUACCUGCGACAUAUAUAAAUUAACGCUGGUUUUUUUUUGUAAAUUUUGGGCAUUCUCCUAUUGUUUUAUUUUAUUUAAAUUAGUUGUGAAUGGUUUUAAAAGACCAAUUAUUGUUUCCUUUGGCAAUCAGAUUUUAUAAUGUAAUUAAAAAUAUGAGACAAUGAUAACACAUGACAUGUUAGGUUAAAAUAGUCAAAAAAAUAUGCAUAAUACAUAUAUUUUGAGAAAGUUGUAUUUUCUCUGUGUCAUUGUCAUGUGAAAAGUACGGUUUCCCAUGGAUUUAACCUUAGAUUAAGUAAGGGGCAAGUGACGGGUCUGUCCGCGAAAUUCAAAUUUUAUUUGGUUUCUCGCAAUUUGUAAACUAAUACGACAAAGUAGGCUUAUGGCAUUCUAGUUGCGACAAUGGCAGUAUCAUUUCCACGUGUUUAUAGAAAAAUCUUUAC